AAUGAACAGUCCGUUUGAAAAUGGCGCAAGCCCGGCUCCCGACUCUGCCUGCCGAGAUUGUCGGGUACAUCUCGCAAUACCUCGAGUCGCCUGAUGUGCUGGGCCUGCGCUCUGCCUGCCGUGCCCUGGCUGACAAGACGUCGGGGCCUUUCCAGGACCGCUUCUUCCGCACGCGGCAUGUCAUGCUCGAACGCCAGAGCCUCCAGAACCUCGUCGACAUUUCGCACCAUCCGGUCCUCCGCCGCGCCGUACAGGUCGUCGAGCUUACUACAGAUCACCUGGUUACGCCUCCGGACUACAUAAGCCGAGCAGAUUACAGUAUAUGCGGAAUUAACGACGAGUAUGACUGCGUCAGGCGAAGUGACGGUGAGACUAUAUCGUUCGGUGACGAUGAGUAUGACGCUGUCAUCGAGACGUAUAAAGCCGAAUGGGGCGGCUACGAGGACUUCCUCCAAGCAAAGCUUGGAAUCAGGCACGUAGUUCGCGCGCUAUCGAACCUCCCUUGCUGCAGCGCUGUCGGGAUUGACGACGGCGUCCGUCCCUGGGGAGCCUUCCGGCUCGGUCGUCGCAUCGGCACCCUUCCAACCCGUUUCGUCACGCCCUUCCAGGCUCAGAGCAUGGUCUUCGCCACAACGUUGAUCCGAACUCUGUUCGCAGGACUUCUCUACGGCCGCCAUACCAUAGAACGACUCUAUAUUUGCUUUGGGCAUCUGAAAACGGGUUGUACCUCGGUCACCCCACGUAUGCUGUCGAUGACGCCGGCGGUCGAGGAGACUUUGACAAAUCGGCUGACUACCAUCAAGACCCUGCAUCUUGUGGUCAACCCGAACGACCACGAGAACACGUUUGGCGAGGAUGCGAAGAAGCUGGUUCCUCGCACCGACCCAAUCUGGGCUGGGGAUUCAGAUUGGUGUCUAGAGUUCUGCCGCUUCCUACGUAUCUUCCCCACCUUGACCAACUUCACAUUGCACUUCAACCCCCGCGACGAAAGGCAGCAAUUUCCGAGGCUUUCCGAGGACCUUCGUAUCCCCGGCCUGCAGAGCCUGUGUCUCCAAUUCGUCGACUGCACCAAGGACGAGCUUAUAAUGUUGCUGGGGAGGCAUCGCGAUACGCUUCGGGAGCUGAUUCUCGACACGGUUGAUAUCACCGAAGGGGGGCCGAAGACGUGGUCUUCGCUUCUGAGGAGUCUCCAGGAUAGUCUAUGUUUGGAGGCAGUCGUCUUAGAGAACUGCAUGGUGGACGGCCUUUGGCUCCAUUCACCCUCGACGACAUCUCCCGACCCAAGGCUAUACGCAAAUAGCCCUACGGAGAUAAAGUGCCUAUGGUCAGUGUUAGAUAAGAUGGAGGACUCGGGAACGUUUUUAUCGUAAGGACAAUCUAAUUAUAGACGACGUGGU